CACCCUAUGCAGGUCUGGAGACGCUUGGCUCCCAACCGACUCUGGAGCCCAGGUCAGAUCAGAGCCUCCGGAGAAGAGACCCUUCCUCUGCCUGGCAGCCCCUAAGAGACUCAGAGAGGCCCCCAUGGCAGGCUUCCUUCUCCCACCCCCGCUGAUCCUACUGCUGUCCGCAGCCCUGGGAUCUGCUGCACAGGAAGCCCAGGGUGACAGGAUCAGGGAGAGGAUUCUGUAUGGAGACCCAUGUGAAAGAGACUCCCGGCCGUGGCAGGUGGCCCUGUUCAAGGGUAAUCAGCUCCGCUGUGGAGGCGUGCUGGUCAAUGAGCAGUGGGUGCUCACCGCUGCCCACUGCAUGAUGAGUGCGUACAACGUGUACAUGGGCAGUGAACAGCUGGGAAGAGGCCGGAAGAUCAGGGCCACAAAGUCAUUCCGCCACCCUGGCUACUCCAAACAGACCUAUGAUAAUGACCUCAUGCUGGUGAAGCUAAAUAGCCGGGCCAGGCUGUCACCCAGUGUGCAGAAAGUCAGCCUGCCUUCCGGCUGUGAAGCCCCUGGGACCGCAUGUGUUCUUUCUGGCUGGGGCACCAACUCCAGCCGUGUUGCCACCCAUCCAAAGGAGCUCAUGUGCAGAACUGUCACCCUCAUCUCCUCUGAAGACUGCAGGAAGGUUUACGGGGACGCGCUGGGAGAUUCCAUGCUGUGUGCUGGGAACCUCGAUCCCACCACGAAUGCCUGCAGUGGUGACUCAGGGGGACCCUUGAUGUGCAAAAAUACUUUGCAAGGUGUGGUGUCCUGGGGAAGCUUCCCUUGUGGCCAAACCAACAACCCAGGUGUCUAUACCCAAGUCUGCAAGUACGUGGACUGGAUAAAUGACACCAUGAGAAAGCACCGCUAAUCUCUCAAUACUCCCGUCUCUCCAUCCCUGCGCCCUGAACAGGAAGUUCACAGAAAUAUGGACAUCGAUGACCUACAGUGAUACCUAACUUUACCUUUCCUCAAAGGCAUAUCAAAACCUCAACAAUAGGGCUUCCCUGGUGACACAGUGGUUAAGAAUCCGCCUGCAAGUGCAAGGCACACGGGUCCGAUCCCUGGGCCGGGAAGAUCCCAUAUGCCUCAGUGCCACUAAGCCCAAGUGCCACAACCACUGAGCCUGCACUGUGGGGCCCGCAAGCCACAACUACUGAGCCCAUGUGUCGCAACUACUGAAGCCCAGGCGCCUAGAGCACGUGUUCUGCAAGAAGAGAAGCCACCGCAAUGAGAAGCCCAUGAAUGUAACGAAGAGUAGCCCCUGGUCACCUAAGCUAGAGAAAGCCUGAGCAGCAACAGAGACCCAAUGCAGCCAAUAAUUUAAAAAAAAAAAAAAAAAAACCCACCUCAGCAAUAUACCAUGCGUGUGAGCGAAUCAACUCAGCAAGGACCUAAAACCAAAACAAGAAACACAAAAACCUAGGUGCUGGUAAAGAGGUAGUGAGACCAGCACUCUUGGCCACUGAAAUUGUAAAUUCAUGCAAUUUGUAUGGAAGUUGAUUUGGCAAUGUGACUCAGGACCCUUGUUCUCCACACUUGACCCAGUAAUUCUAGUUCUAGGAAGACAUUACUAAAAAAUUGAAAAUCAAAAAUGUGGAUCAAGGUUUGAAUUUAUCACAACAUUAUUUAUCAUAGCAGAACAGUGGAAACACUGAACAUGUCCAGAAUCAGUGGAGUGUUUAAGUAAACAACAGGCUGGCUUGAGACAAGGAUAUUGUGAAGCUGUUAAAGCAAAUAAUUGUGCAGAAUUGUUAGUGUUACACACAGAUGUU